GAAAUGAGUGAGGAGAAAGUUACAUACUCAGAACUGAAAUUGUCUCAUGCAAAGAAAAAGGAGGGCAAAAGACAUCUAGCUCACAAAAAAAGAGAACGAGGCUGUGGCUUCUUGCAAGGAAGACCCUUUUGCUGGACAAGAAACUGGUACUAUUUUUCUAAAGAAGAGGUAACGUGGGAGGAGAGCAGGAAUUUAUGCCGGAACAUGGGUUCUAGCCUUGUGAAGAUUGAUGACAUCCAGGAACUGAAAUUCAUUCAAUCACAAAUCAAAUACAGUUACUGGAUUGGAUUAUAUAAAAAAGGAGACAAAAAUGAGUGGAUGUGGCAGGACAGCACGAAACUUGCUCUGCAUCUGCAUUUCCGUCAGUCAAAUAAUGUGGAUGAAAAAUGUGGAUGCCUGAAUCCACACUAUAUUAGUAGUGGUGAAUGUUCAAGACGUUUUCGUUACAUUUGUGAGAAGAAUAAGCCCUUCUUCAAUUAA